AUGUCAUUGGAACAGGAGAGAAGUGCAUUGGAAGAAUUACAUUUUUUGGAACAAGAGAUUUCAUCAAGAAUUCAAAGAAAUCCGGAGUUAUAUCCAAAGUUUAAUGAAGAUUUAAAUUCAAAUUUAAAUAAUAAGAAGAAGAGAUCAUUUAGAGAAGUUUUAUUACAACAACAUGAAAUUAAUAGAUUUAUUGAUCAAUAUAAAAAACAAAAAUCAAAUUUACAACAAAGCUUAAAUGAUGCUGAAUCAAGAAAUCAAGAAAUUCAAUCAUUAAAAGAUCCAACAUUAGAAUUAAUUAAAUUUGAUGAAAUUUAUCAAAAUUUGAAAAACCAGAAUGAUUCAAAUAUUGUUAAACCUUUGAAUUCGAUAUAUGGUUUGAAAACUUCUAAAAUAAAUAUCCUAAGUGAAUUUUCAUCCGAUUUAGAAUUAGGUUUAAUGUUUUCAGGUGAAGAAUAUUUUGGUAAAUAUUUAGAUUUAUUUGAAUUUUAUGAAAAAUGGUUAAAUUUGAUUGGAGAUCCUACAAUAAGUUAUGUUAAAUUUUUAGGAGAGUUUACAAAAUUUGAGAAAAUCACUAAAAAAAAUGAUGAUUAUUUAAAAUAUCUACAAAAUUUAUCAAAUUAUUUAAUAAAUUUUAUUAAAAAAUCAUUACCAUUAUAUAAAAUUGAUGAAUUAAUAACAAAUAUUGAUAAUGAAUGGAAUGAUAAAAAUCAAUCAAAUGAAUUAUAUUGUGAGUAUUGUGAAAGGGAAUUUGCUAAAAAAACUGUUUAUGAUGGUCAUUUAAAUGGUAAAAAACAUUUAAAAAAUGUUGAAAAAAAGAAAUCAUCGUUAACAGAAGAUCAAAAUCAAUCAAAUCCAAGUUCUUCAAAGAAAAAUUAUGAAUAUUAUGAAUUUCAAAUACAAAAACUUGUUGAGCCUUUACAAACCAAGAUUCAAGAUACAAAAUUAAAUACAGAAAGAAGAAAAGCAUUAACAGAACGUGAAAGAAUAAUAGAAUUAUCACAAUUAGAAAAAGAUGAAGAAUUAUCUUCAUCUGAUGAUGAUGAAGAAAAUGGGGAUUCAAAUGAUGAGGAAAAUCAAGAUUUUAAUAAUGGAGUUUAUAAUCCAUUAAAUUUACCAAUUGGAUUUGAUGGACAACCUAUACCAUAUUGGUUAUGGAAAUUACAUGGAUUAGGUAAAAAAUAUAAUUGUGAAAUUUGUGGUGAUUAUACAUAUCAAGGUCGUAAGGCAUUUGAAAAACAUUUUUUAGAACCAAGACAUAUUCAUGGAUUAAAAUGUUUAGGUAUUGAACCUUCAAAUAUUUUUAAAGAUAUUAUAAGUAUUGAAGAAGCAAGAAAUUUGUGGAAUGGAUUGAAAAAAGAUAAAAGAAAAGAAGAAGGUGAAAAGGAAAAUGCUGUUGAAGUUGAAGAUGAAGAUGGGAAUGUUAUGAGUGAAAAAGUUUAUAAUGAUUUGAAGAAACAAGGAUUGAUAUAG